AUGGAAGCUAUCAAGCAAGUCUUUGCUCGAUGUAAAGAUGAGCAACGUGCAGCGUUGAUCACGUACAUGACAGCGGGCUACCCAACGAUCAAAGAAACGCCCUCAAUCAUGCUUGCCAUGCAAGCCGGUGGUGCAGACAUUAUCGAACUGGGAAUUCCAUUCACGGACCCCCUCACAGAUGGUACAACCAUCCAAAAUUCCAAUGCCGUUGCCCUUCAAAAUGGCGUUCGCAUUCCAACAAUGCUCUCAAUGGUUAGCGAGGCACGCAGCCUCGGACUGACUACGCCUGUCGUUUUCAUGGGUUACUACAACCCCGUCCGUGCCUAUGGCGAAGAAAAGAUAAUCCGUGAUUGUCGAGACGCAGGCGUGAAUGGAUUCAUCAUUGUCGAUCUCCCUCCUGAGGAAGCUUUACGGUUCAGGGAAUUGUGUACACGGGAUGGCCUAUCGUACAUCCCACUCGUUGCACCCGCCACACCCGACUCCCGUAUGAAGAUGCUCUGCGAGAUCACCGACUCAUUCAUCUACGUUGCUUCCCGGAUGGGCGUGACCGGUGCCACCGAGUCUCUGGACCAAGGUCUAGACGGCCUUCUUACACGCGUGCACAAAUACACUGAGAACCGGAUUCCCGCCGUCGUGGGCUUCGGUAUCAACACUCGCGAGCAUUUCAUCAAUGUGGCCAAUAUCGCGGAGGGCGUUGUUAUCGGGAGUAAGAUCAUCACUGUCGUGCGGGAUGCGGAGCCAGGCACUGGAGCAGAGAAGGUGAAGGAGUAUUGUGUGUAUGUGAGCGGACGAAAGGAGGCGAGGAACAUUGCAGUUCCUGCUUCUACGACCACUGCCACUGCCACUGCCACUCCUACUUCUAGUCCCAGCUCAGCAGGUAUUCUUACUCCUUCUUCUGGCCACAGCUCAGCAGGUGAGACGCAUGGACCGACUCAAAACAACACGCUAGAGACCAGCACCGCCGACAACUACAUGCGUUUCGGCCAAUUCGGUGGCCAAUAUGUCCCAGAAGCCCUAAUGGAAUGCCUUCUUGAGUUGGAAGCUGGCUUCGAAAGCGCCAAAACCGAUCCAGCCUUCUGGGCCGAGAUCCGCUCCUACGCUGCAUACACCAACCGUCCUUCAAGCCUACACCUAGCAUCCCGCCUGACUGCCCACGCAGGCGGUGCCCGUAUCUGGCUAAAGCGAGAAGAUCUCAACCACACAGGAAGUCACAAGAUCAACAACGCUCUUGGACAAAUCAUUCUCGCACGCCGACUGGGCAAAACGGCUAUCAUUGCCGAGACAGGUGCCGGUCAACACGGUGUUGCCACAGCCACUCUAUGUGCGCUCUUCGGAAUGAAGUGUACCAUCUUUAUGGGGGCCGAAGACGUGCGCCGACAAGCGCUAAACGUCUUCCGGAUCCGCUUACUCGGUGCGACUGUCAUCCCUGUUGCGGGUGCUCACGAAGGCGAGAAGGGAACUCUCCGUGAUGCUGUGAAUGCGGCAUUCCGAACUUGGGUGACUGACCUCAAGACGACUCAUUUCGUCGUCGGGUCUGUCUUUGGUCCGUACCCGUAUCCGACUAUCGUGCGGACGCUGCAAUCCGUUAUUGGCGAGGAGACUCGGGCCCAGUUUAUGGAGGAGAUGAAUGGGAAGCUGCCCGAUGCGCUUGUAGCCUGUGUGGGCGGAGGAUCAAAUGCCUCGGGAAUGUUUUACCCGUUCUCUAAGGAUGAGGGUGUUGCUUUUGUUGGCGUUGAGGCCGGUGGAGAUGGAGUCGACACUGGCAGACAUGCCGCCACUCUGGGACGGGGAAGUGUUGGUGUUCUCCAUGGUGUUCGAACUUAUGUUCUUCAGGAUGAUGAUGGGCAGAUUACCUCAACCCAUUCUAUUUCUGCUGGCCUGGAUUAUCCUGGCGUUGGACCUGAGUUGUCUGCCUGGAAGGAUUCUGGUCGGGCGAGAUUCAUUGCCGCCACUGACGAAGACGCGCUUGACGCGUUCCGGUUGCUGAGCCAGACUGAAGGGAUUAUUCCUGCGUUGGAGAGUGCACAUGCUGUUGCGGGUGCGGUUCGGGUUGCCCAGGAGCUUGGACCUGACAAGGAUAUUGUGAUUUGUCUGUCAGGAAGAGGUGAUAAGGAUGUGCAGACUGUGGCGGCUAUGGCCGGGGAAGUGUAG